UAAUGUUUUUUCGUCCAAACAGCAAACCCACGAAAAAAGAAAGAAUUCUAACAGCGGGGAGUUUUCAGAGAGCCGAACUGAAAAUGUUUUGCAGGGUUGAUUCCACUGAGAGGCAAUCCCAGCGGUGGAGUUUUGCAUUUUAAAGAGCAGACAUGCCAGCAGUAGUGGUUUGCUUGGUGCGCAUAUAAACAAAUGUCAAAAAAGGAAGCUCCAGACACCAUAGAAAGUGCUAAAACAACGGAUGCCAUCGAGUUUACACGUUCAUGAGCCUGAAGGGAGCUUCCAGCAGCAGGAUGACGUUUGGAGCCAGCUGCUGCUGUUCCCUCCUCCUGCUCUCCUGGGCCUUUGGUCAGACCUCAAUCACAGGCGGUGACAGGUCGCCAUGCCAACGCUGCGACCUUCAGCUCUCCUGUGACUGCUCCCACAGUGGGUUCAGCCAUGUCCCCAUGGUAACGGACCAGGCUUUGAGGCUGGACCUGUCCUUCAACAACAUCACCACAAUAACCCGCGAUGACCUGAAAGGCCUCUCUCGCCUGGUGGCUCUGGAUCUCCACGGGAACAGACUGUCCUCCAUCCAUCCAUCAGCGUUUGACUCCCUGUGGAGCCUGGAGGAGCUGGAUCUGUCCGACAACCGGCUGACCGUCCUUGACCCCCGGUGGUUCAGCGAGCUGGGAGCUCUGCAGCAGCUCAACCUGCUCAACAACCCGUACAGUCGUCUGGGUUCUCCUCUGUUUGAGGGACUCGUCAGACUGAGGAUCCUGGAGUUUGGAGGUCCGGUUCUGGAAGAACUGAAGACAGGAGACCUGAAAGGGGUCACUCAGCUGGACCGACUUACCGUGCGCGCCAACAACCUGAUCAGAUAUGAGUCUGGGGCUUUAUCGUACAUUUGGCCUCUGGGUCAGGUCACGCUCAGCCUCCGUGGACCCUUCCUCACCAACACGGCUUUGGCCUCAGCUGUCCUCACUGAUGUGUCCUACCCUGAAACUCAUCUAACUCUAGAAGACUUUCAUCUGAUCGGGAACCAGUCAGCUCAGGCUUUUAGAGGCUCUGCACGGAAACGGAUCAGAAAGAUAACCUUCCGAAACUUUUCUACGUCUGAUGAGUCCGUUGUUGACAUGUUGGAGGUCAUAAACGGAGUCCCGAUCACGGUCCUUAAUCUGGAGGAGGUCACUCUAACAGGCGAAGGCAGGUGGGAAAAAGCCAGCUGGACGGAUCACAGGAGCAUCGAUGAGUUCUUAAUCCGGAACGCCGUGGUCCUGGACGUCUUCCACUUCACGUCAUUUCUGCAGCUCAAGUUUUUAUUGACUUAUCCCAGGAAGGUGUCUGUCAUAAAUUCCCAGGUGUUCGUCAUGCCCUGUCUGACGUCCCAGCUACUCGUGAGCCUGCAGUACCUCGAUCUCUCUGACAACCUGCUGAGUGACCUGACUCUCACUGAAAGCCUGUGCGACCAAAAACCAACGCUGAGGGAACUUAGAGUCUUAAACGUCAGCGGAAACCCUCUGAAGUCUCUGUCCACAAUUAGUCGACAGGUAACCAAACUCACCAAACUGACUCAUCUGGACAUCAGCAGAAGUGGCUUCAGCUCUAUGCCCUCCCUCUGCUCGUGGCCCUUCACUUUGAGAUACCUAAACAUUUCCAGAGCCAAGCUGACAACUGUGACGUGCUGCUUUCCCAAAACCCUGGAGGUUUUGGAUCUGAGCAACAACAAUUUGAAAGACUUUAGAGUGACCUUGCCUUUGCUAAGGGAGCUCUACCUGUCUGGGAACAAGUUCCUGAGGUUUCCGGAUGGAAACCUCUUUCCCAAUCUGCAAACACUUGCUAUACAGUCCAACACCCUGAACUUGUUUGGUCGUUCGGACCUCCAGUCAUACAGACGGCUGGAGAAACUGCAGGCAGGCCAGAACAAGUUCAUCUGCUCCUGUGACUUUGUCAGCUUCCUCCAGACGCUCCUCAAAGGAGGCGGAGACGCCACGUUGACCGAUAAAGAGGACAGCUACCGCUGCGACUCCCCUCUCUACCUGCAGGGGGAGUCUGUGAGCACAGUCCACCUCUCCAUCCUGGAGUGUCAUCAGCUUUUGUUUGUGUCUGUGAGUUGUGGCGUGGCGUUGCUCCUCGGCAGUUUGUUGUGCGUCCUGUUGUGGCGGCUUCACGUCUUCUGGUACCUGAAGAUGAUCUGGGCGUGGCUCAAGGCCAAGCGUAGCUCCCAGCAGCGACAGAGACGCAGAAACGAUGAAGAAUCUGAAGCUCUGAUUUCCUUUGACGCCUUCGUUUCCUACAGCGAAAGAGAUGCCAGCUGGGUGGAGAACUUCCUGGUACCGGAGCUGGAGGAGACAAAUGAUUCCAGGUCCCAGCAGCCUCUAAGUCUUUGCCUUCACAAGCGGGAUUUCCUUCCUGGACAGUGGAUCAUGGACAACAUCAUGAACUCCAUUGAGCGCAGUCGGCGGACCGUGUUUGUCCUGUCUGAAAACUUCGUCCAGUCUGACUGGUGCCGAUAUGAACUGGACUUCUCCCACUUCUGGCUGUUUGACGCCAAAGGAGACGCUGCCAUCCUGAUCUUGCUGGAGCCGUUAUCCAGGGACGACAUUCCCAAACGCUUCUACAAACUUCGCAGGCUGAUGAGCUCCAACACCUAUCUGAAGUGGCCUGAGGAGGAGGAGAGGAGGGAGGAGUUCUGGAGGAGUCUUCGCUGCGCUUUGAGAGGAGACGAUUGACAGAGAGGCUGAUCUAUGGCCUAGCAUUUGAAGACCUUUUUGGGUCCUCACGGCACCAUCUUGGGGCCCUGUCCUGCUUUUUAUGACUGUCUACCUUUACUCUUUUUUUUUUAAUAAAAACAAAAACCAAUGAUUUGGAAAUGUA